AUGAACACUGAGGAUCUUACGCUUCUAGCGGUUGACAGCACGCUCGUACUCCAGAACCAGCCGACCCGUGCGCUUCUCCAGCUCCGUAGCACACAUGCGCAGGAUCCACACUCUAGUCUGGACCAUGAACAUGCGCGCGGUCCUCAACUCGCGAUGUCGCCUCAGCUCCGGGUCCUAGAAGUACGGCGCGUACUCCACCGAGCCCCUUCAUCGGGCCGGGCGCGCGCUCAGGAGGCGUCCGCCGUAGCCCUCCCUACCAUCCAGCUCGUGCAUCAGGUCCCACGCCGACCCCGUCUACACGACGACCGGGACGGGCUUGCCGAACCACCGCUCCUCCUCCUCCCCGCACGUCCUGAACGCGCUGCGCCGGCCGGCCUUGUGCAGCUAGCUGCCAGGCGCGCUUGCCUUCGAGCUCCGCGGCGGCGCGGCACUCGAGCACGCAGAUCAACCAGCCUGAUGCGGACGGAUCUCCUGCGUGUAGUGUUCCGCGGCGAGCAGCGCGUUUUCGGGGAGGCGGGUCAUGGUGUGCGGCCAGGGUUUUUGGGGGUGGUCUAG